GUAGACAAUCUCAAGCAGAAAUUUCAAGACGCUCACAAUACUUUCGCUGUGCAGUAGACGAAAUCGCUCUGGGUAGCGCGGGAGGAUUGCCAUGGAGGACGAUUCGAAGAAGAAGGGGAGGAGAGAACCAGAAGCAGAAAUCCUCGAUAAGGUCGGAGGCGUCAUCGCCGCCGUCAACGACGCCAAACACGUCGACGACGUCGUUUGCGCUCUUCACUCCCUCGCCGUUCGCCUCUUCCCUCUUGACUCUCGCGCCAUCUCAGGGAGCAUCGAUCAACAGCAUAGAGAUAAGGUGCUUAGUGCCAAAGUGCCUGAUGAACAGGAGAGGAGUUACUGGUGGAGAGUGUUCUACCAAGGUGCUGCAUUUCCUACCCUGGCCAGGGUUCUGUUAUAUGAUUUUCCUUCCAAUUGGCUAGCUUGUUUCCCCUUGUCUGCAAGGAAACAUGUCUAUGAUGUGUUCUUUGUCAAUGGGCCUACACUGGAAGUUGUACAGACUGUAGUUCCAUCUCUACAACCAAACGGAAACAGUAGAUUUGAUAUUAAACCUGUGCGCUCAAAUGCAGAGAGAGUUCUUGCACUAUGCUUGCUUGAAAAUGAUGGGGUACUCCAAAUGGCAAGAGAAUUUGGUGGUUCUUGUCAAUCUGACGAUAUCAGCACCGAACAGCUUAAUUCAACAAUAUCCAGAGUCGCACAGCUUGUUACAUCUAUUCCUGACAAAGCACAGUUGGGAACCUCCAAUUCUCUUUCAUCUCACUUCUUCUUUAAGCAGAUUAUAGAUCAACUUAUUGCUGGAGCAGAAGAACGGGACAUGGAUCUAUGCAGAAAAGACACUGUCAAUGAUAAUGUUGUGGAUGGUGCCACCCUAUUUGUUGCAGAAUCAUUUGCUCGCAUUUGUCGACGAGGGUCUGCAGACGUGCUGUUAAGUCAAGUGAUUCCACAUAUUCUUGGGCAUGUGCAUAGUAUUCGAUUGUCAAACGCCAACGUGGAUGUUAGGGAGGGGUUUGGGGUGAAGUCUGGUUCUCAGUUUUGGUUGAAGCUGAUGGAGGCAAUUAAAGACCCCUAUGCUGUGGAAAGAUUGUCUGAACAGCUAUUACGGCAGUUAGUAGCUGAACAAGUAACUGAUGUUGAGGCUUAUUGGAUUCUUUGGAUAUUGUUCCAUCGGAUUUGUGAGAGUCAAACGGCAUUCAGGUCCAUGUUCAUUGAGAAAUUUUUGCUUUGGAAAGUGUUUCCUUUCCGUUGCCUGAGAUGGAUACUUCACUUUGCUGUUCUUGGAUUCCCUCCUGAUGCCACUUUGCCGAGAGCUCAUACUUCUCGUGGUCUAUCGGAGACAACGCAGCGUCUCGCCACAGUAUGGUCCAAAAGAGAAUUUGUGCAAUCAGCCCCAGUAGAGCAGCAAGUUUAUGUAACGGCAGCUCUAGGUCUCUCCCUAGAGAAGAUGUCAAAAGAAGAUUUAGAUGCAACCAAGGAUCUGAUGCGCUCGAUUCUUGAUGGAGUUAGCGGUAGGCUGGAAAGCCCUGACCAUUUGGUUCGAAGAAUGGCUAGCAGUAUUGCUUUAGUAUUUUCGAAGAUAAUUGACCCUAACAAUCCUUUGUAUCUUGAUAAUAGCUGUAGUCAAGAGACCAUUGACUGGGAGUUUGGAUUAGCAACUCCAAAGAAAGGGACACUGACUGACUCACAAUUCGCAGAUAAGGAAGUUGAUAAAUUGAAAACAUGCAGUGCCUUGUUACCAGAAAAGGGAUUUGACACCAAGGUCAAUAGAGGUGUGGGCAACGAUCACAAGGUUUUGAAGAAGAGGCUAUCUGAAUUUAAGUUGGUGGAUCCUGAUGAGAUUAUUGAUCCAGCCACACUGAAAAAUGAAUAUGUUUCUGGUGAGGAAGAUGGUACUGAUGGUGCAAGUGAAAAUUCUGAAACUUCGAGUGACUCAUCUUUACAGCCGUAUGACUUGUCAGAUGAUGACACAGACUUGAAAGGUAAAUUCUCACAGUUGGUUGAUGUGCUUGGAGCUCUCAGAAAAUCUGAUGACCCCGAUGGUGUUGAAAGGGCCCUUGAUGUUGCUGAAAAGCUUGUCCGUGCAUCACCUGAUGAACUUACUUAUGUAGCUGGGGAUCUGGUCAGAACUCUUGUACAGGCUCGUUGCUCUGAUUCAACUAUUGAAGGAGAAGAAGAAUCAGCUGAAGUAAAGAGGCAAAAAGCGCUGGUUGCACUGAUCGUCACGGCUCCUUUUCAAUCCCUUGAUGCCCUCAACAAGCUGAUAUAUUCACCUAAUGUAGAUGUCAGCCAACGGAUCAUGAUACUUGACGUGAUGACUGAUGCGGCACAGGAGCUUGCUAAUGCUAAAAUGAUGAAACCGAAACAGCAUCCGAGGAACCUCAUAUCCACCGUUUCAGAGACUCAACCGUGGUUUAUGCCAAGUAGUAUAGGUCCCCCUGGAGCUGGUCCUUGGAAGGAGAUUUCCCGCACUGAAACUCCGUUAAAUUGGUCGUACUCGUAUGAGAGAGAACUUCCCCCUAGACGAGGUCAAGUCAAGAGAGGGAAAACGCGCAGAUGGAGCUCCCGACCGGAUCAUAUACAAGGACAUUCAAUGGAAUGGUCUCAGAAUAAGUUCCCUCAAUAUGCAGCAGCAUUUAUGCUUCCAGCUAUGCAGGGAUUUGAUAAGAAAAGGCAUGGUGUUGACUUGCUUGGCAGGGAUUUUAUUGUCCUGGGGAGACUUAUCUAUAUGCUUGGUGUUUGUAUGAAGUGUGCAGCCAUGCAUCCGGAAGCAUCUGCCUUGGCUCCACCACUCAUGGAUAUGUUAAGUUCUAGGGAGAUAUGUCAUCAUACGGAAGCAUAUGUCCGAAAAUCUGUCCUUUUUGCAGCGUCUUGCAUAUUGGUGGCCCUCCAUCCAUCUCAUGUAGCAUCUUCUUUAAUCGAAGGCAAUGCAGAAAUUUCUAGAGGGCUUGAGUGGGUACGCACUUGGGCACUUCAUGUAGCUGAAUCAGAUACAGAUAGAGAGUGCUACACGCUGGCGGUGGGAUGUCUCCAACUUCACACUGAGAUGGCCCUCCAAGCUUCUCGAGCCCUAGAGUCCAAGCCUGUCAGCAUUGAUAUGCCUUCCAAUCUGUUGAAAGGAACAAUUAAAAUUCCUCACUAGUGCGUGGAAUACUGAUUGAUCAUGCCUUCGGACGGCACGCCGAGGAAACCUGUUUGAACCCUCCAAGAAUAGGAAUGGUUGCUGGAAGUGCCUUGUUCAGUUGACAAAUAUCUGAUCAGGUUUGACUUGUGGCAUGAUCAAAGAUAAUUUUCCUUUCUUGUCAUAAUGGGAUCAGCAGUGCAUUAGUCUGUCGGUCGAUCCUUGGCUAAACAAAGGGAAACAGCUCUGUGAGUUGUUACCGCCAUUCAACCGGGCCUUGGUUGCUGGCUUGCUUUAGUCAGGCAACAAUUUCUUUGAUGAAGAAGAAGAAAGCGUUGGCGGUGACGUCUGUGAAAAUGAAGACGGCGGUGAUAAUUUGUAAAGAGGCUACUUUGUGAAAAUAAGGCUAACGGAAAUCUUCCCGUAGCAGAGCCCCCGGGGCGCUGACUUAUUUUUCGUUUGGGAGGCUCUUGGUACUCAAUAGCAACUCUGUCAACACUCGGUUGCUGUUUGUAAUGAUACAAGUUGGGGUUUUGGAACCAUGUCAUUAACAUUAAAUGUACUUUAGUUAUUUGGCGGAAAUUAACGUUAGCAGAACUAGGUUUCAAUUACUCUUUUUUUUUUUUGCCUUAAAUCGAUCUUGUAAUACCUUAAAAAUCACCAAUUCGUUAAAAAAAAUGUCCGCGCGCUCUCAUUAAA